AUGGCGUACUUGCAUCUUGCGACUGUGACUAUUUACGCGUGGGUAGAGGGGUGGAACGACGCUUCCAAUGGUCCGCUUUUGCCGCGCAUGCAGCAGGUGUACCACGUGGGCUACGCGGUUGUGUCUCUCAUCUUCGUGUUCUCUUGCAUCGGCUUUAUCUGUGGCGCCAUCGCGAAUGUGUUCAUGUCAGAGAGGCUAGGCUUUGGAAAGGUGAGUGCAUGUGCUUUCCUUCAGGUGGUAGGCUACUCAAUUCAGGCCGCUGCUCCUCCCUUCCCCGCGUUUGUUCUUGGCUACUUUGUCAAUGGGUUUGGCAUGGCUCUACAAAACGCACAGGCUACCGGUUAUACGGCCAGAAUAGGCCAGAACACCGCCCUGAACAUGGCCAUCCUCACAUCGGUUAGCGCAGGUGCAUUGGUCUGCCCUUUCGUCGCCACGGAAUUCUCGCAGCUCCCUCAGUGGUCGUUCCACUUCCUCACCUCUGUUGGCUUGUCUCUGUUCAACUUGGUCGCCCUUGUUGCUGUCUUCCGCCUCAAAAAUCAGGAAGAAUGCCUCGCACAAAUAGGAAGAACAGUUGAAGAGAAGGGAACAAGCGAUCGGAAUGAGCUCCGGCAGAUUUUCAAGCUGAAGGAGGUACAUUUGCUCGCGUUGUUUGUCAUGUUCUACUCGGGUACUGGUGUCACUAUCGGAGGAUGGACUGUCACAUAUAUCAUCGACGUCCGUGGAGGCGGGUCGCAUUCAGGAUACAUCUCUGCUGGCUAUUUCGGAGGUUUAUUACUGGGGCGAUUUGCUUUCCUUAAAGUGAACAAGAAACUUGGGGAGCGGCUCGCUCUGGUUAUAUAUGCGACUGUGGCAAUAGCGCUGGAAUGCAUCGUCUGGUUUGUUCCUUCUAUCGCAGGUGACGCUGUGGCCGUUGCAGUCAUAGGACUCUUGAUGGGCCCAGUGUACCCAGUUUCCUUGAACUAUGCCACGAAAGUCCUCCCUCGAUGGCUCCUCACCGGCGCAAUCGGGUGGAUAGCUGGUGUAGGACAAGCAGGCACAGCGUUGUUUCCCUUCAUCACAGGUGCCAUUGCGUCCAAAGCAGGAAUCAAGACCAUGCAGCCUGUGGUCGUCGCGUCUUUGGCAUCAAUGAUCGGACUUUGGCUGCUUGUUCCGAAGAGCUCUCGCCGCCAUGAUUAG